AAGGGGCGGCGGGGUGCGCAGGCGCAGGCGGUGCGGCCGCAGCCUGCGCAGGGAGCGGCCGUCGGGGUCGGGCCGGGCUCGCUGGCGGGAUGGACGAGGACGUGUUGACAACCCUGAAGAUCCUCAUCAUCGGCGAGAGCGGUGUCGGCAAAUCCAGCCUUCUGCUGCGGUUCACAGAUGAUACAUUCGACCCAGAACUUGCAGCAACGAUUGGUGUGGACUUCAAAGUGAAAACCAUUUCAGUUGAUGGAAACAAAGCUAAACUGGCAAUAUGGGAUACUGCAGGUCAGGAGCGGUUCAGAACAUUGACUCCUAGUUACUAUAGAGGUGCACAAGGUGUUAUCCUAGUUUAUGAUGUCACGAGAAGAGAUACUUUUGUCAAGCUGGAUAAUUGGUUAAAUGAACUGGAAACUUACUGCACAAGGAAUGACAUAGUGAAAAUGCUAGUUGGAAACAAGAUUGAUAAGGAAAACCGUGAAGUUGACAGAAAUGAAGGUCUCAAAUUUGCAAGAAAACAUUCCAUGUUGUUCAUAGAGGCAAGUGCAAAAACAUGUGAUGGUGUACAGUGUGCCUUUGAAGAACUUGUUGAAAAAAUAAUCCAGACUCCUGGACUGUGGGAAAGCGAGAGCCAAAACAGAGUUGUAAAGUUAUCAAACAAGGAAGAAGGAUAUGGAGGAGGAGGAGCAUGUGGUGGAUAUUGUUCUAUGUUAUAAACUUUGGGAAGCUUAUUCUUUGCGUAUUUAAACAGAUAGUUAGAUCUUUCUGUACAUAAAUUCAUUAAAUGCUCUUUUUAGGGACCUUGCAGUUUGCACAUAUUUGUUUUGUAUCAUAGCAGUGAACACACUAGUAGGAAGAAUGUUCUGCAGCUUUCCUAGUAUGAAAAUGUUAUGGUAAGCAUGCCCAAUUUGCAAUCUUCAGGUUUUUAUAAGUAGCAUAAAUAAUGUGCAAGGACAAAGGCACUAGAAAUUUUACAACUGUAUACAUUCAUCAUGUAACUAUUCUAAACAAAUCCAUCUAAAACACGUUACUGCAUUGUCUAUUUUUUGUCUUCUUUUCAAAUACUCUUGAAACAAUGUGCACAGAUCUUGAAAACAGUGGGAGCUAUAAACGUUACGUUUCAUCUCUUCUAGUAAAUGUUCUUUUGUAGCAUUAAAAACAGCAGGAUUCUUCAGUUCUUAGACAAAUCUUUGUAUUUCAGCAGAGCUGUCAAGUACAGAUUGGCACAGGCCACAGUUGGGUAUCACCACCUUCUUGAAGCUUUGAAAGCUUCUGUUGCAAAGCUGAGAGGCACCAUUUUUUCUUUUUAAUCCUCACUUCAGUUGAUGACUUAACUGGAGUUUUAAUCCUGUGAUAUUUAUAUACUAAAUUUGUAGUACUCUUGCACUCUAGGUUUUUAUGAUGCAAUCUGCUCUAGACUUGCUGCAGAAAGUCGUCAUUAUUGGCAAGGGGUCUGAAUGACAUCUUUGUUCUUUCAUUGUGAAUCAGUUUUCCACACUUUGGUACAGAUGCCUGAUUUCCUGAAAUGUUUGUAAUAUAACUUGAUCUCAAACUGUAGCUCACUGUGGCUGUGAAGAUCUCUGUCACAUUUUUGCUUUUGUGUGGCUACUUGUUUAAAAAUAAAACUUUGUCACAGACACUAAAUGGGAAGCUGGAAGGCUUCUUGAUCUCUGUAUGGGAAAAAUAGUACUGCAAUGAGUAUUCACUUGAAUUUACUGUAUCAAAGCCAAUGGUUUGUUUCAGAAGACUUGUAUAGACUAAUAAAUUUUUUCCACAGUA